GGGAAAUUUGUUACUCUUAUUUGGAAAAAAUGCAGCUUUUCUUAUUCCGAUUGGCUUUAACAGCGGUUUGUUUAAAGUGAACAUAGUGAUCAAGUAGAGCUACUAGAGUACGCGUCCACUCAAGACCAUUCACCAGCGGAAAAACUCGUCUUACGUGACUUGCCGAAGCCCAAUCAACUGCAAUAUAUCGACUACAAAGUAGAAUACGGAAUACGCUUCGAUCCGAAAGUGAUCGAAAACAAACGUCGGCGGCAAUACAACAUGCAAGAAAGCGACGACGACGAUGAGGAAAUGAAACCGUCUGCUUCACAAUCCGUAAUCAUACCGGUUGAUAAUGGAUCAUUGAUUUAUGCAAACGAUAGCGUUUCUCCCACGGCAGCUCCCGACAAUGCGACGAGUCAUAUCAUGAGACCACCCACUCGGGUGGAGAAUGCAUUUCAGCUUCUGAGCGAGCGAUUGGGGAAACUGUUUUUGUACAGCUCCGUGCCAAAUUCUACCGAAUCCGGAGUGCUCGAGAAUCUGAAAUCUCCUCUGACCAUCUUCAGUGUGUUUAAUGUAAUCAAGUUCGAAAACGCACCUUGUGCGGCCCGAAGGGACCAGCAUACUUCGCUGCAAGGGAUAUGUUACCACGAAACCGAGUGCAGUCAGUUGGGUGGUGUUCCGGUAGACCUGUGCGCCAUCGGUUUUGGUGUGUGCUGUGUCUUUCAAUUCGGAUGUAACGAUCGGACAACGCAGAACAUAAGCUAUUUUCAAAGUCCGAAUUAUCCAGCCCCGAUCGAAGAGAGACUGUCUUGCACCUUCACAAUCGGUCUGCGAUGGAACACGCAGCAGGUUCUGGUGGAAUUUGUGUUUUUCGAGAUGGCUCCGCCUGUCGAAGGAAAUUGUUACGAGGAUCAAUUAAUCAUAUCAGUGCAAAACAGCCGUCGAAAAUACCCGAUUAUAUGUGGCAUCAAUAGUGGACAACAUCUUUAUUUACAGAUUGAGAGGGAAUCUUCCCCCUUUGUGUAUUUGACGGCUACAUCGAAUUCCGUUCAUCCAAAAGCAUUCAGUAUAAAAAUCACACAACUUGCGUUCCCACAGGCUCCUCAAGGAUGUCUGCAGUUUUUUGUCACUAUUACGGGAUUUAUCAAAUCGUUCAAUUACGACAAUCAUUCGACGGUGGUAACCAGAAGAAAUCCCAGCUAUUUGAAUAACCUCAACUACGCUAUCUGUAUCAUGCGAGUAUCAAACUUUUGUUCUGUGACUUUCACAAAUUCGGACGAGCAGGGAGAAGAGAACUUAUUCCAGCUGGUCAACACGGAUGAAGAAGGAGUAAACCUAGUUCGUGACAACACAGCGGGUGUGGAAAUAUACAACUGCCCAGACGACUACAUAGCGAUUAACUAUCUCCGAUUGUGCGGUAAUCGUCUGAACGAUGGGUCCGUUAACGAAGAUUACACCCAAAACAGUUCGGUCAAUGACGACAGUGGAGGCCCCAUAAUUGUUCCGGUUCGGUCCGACGAGCAAACGGUUGGACGGGGCUUCAAAUUGAUGUUUCGACAAGAGAUUUGCACGAAGAGCGUAAAAAUCAAUUUGGUCAGAAUGAGAGGAAAAAGUGAUGGCUAUCGCUGGGUAAAACCUGAGACCGGAAAACUAUCAAUAACGGAUUUUUAAGUAUAUUUAAAAACCUACCGGGAAUUUAUUGAUAGCCUCAAUACUAUUGUUCAGAAAUAAUUUCGACCAGCUUUUUGUUCUCACACUGGCAGACGUUUGUAGCAGUCAUUCACCGCUCAUUCAAACAUUACAG